UUUGAAUAGAGAGCCUGCAGAGCACUCUUUUGUUCAGUAGCGCUCAGCUGCUGGAGAGGUGAGCACCACUCUCGCAGGCGCUCAUCCACUCAUCGCGACUGCUGCUUCCUCGGAUCGUCUCCGGAAGACGCGAGCGGACACUUGCUCGAGACAGAAACCCACUGCAGCCAAAAUACGACACAGUCCCGCCGCCUCCCCCCCCCUAUCCCCCACCAUCGGUUUGUCCCUCUCCACCCGACACCCACAACUGCUUCACUUUCACUUAUCACUUGCGGGGCUUUUACGCGUCGUUGGAUGGUCCAGCUCCCCGUCAGUGGCGCUACCACCUGCACCAUAUCAGACCGACGCUCCUGUAAGGCUGCAGCAUCGCUCUACAUUCCUGUGAACUGGACCUCACUUCAUCCGAAAGGUGCAGCAGGAUGCAGGGCGUACUGCCUGUGUGUGGACUGCAGCCCCUGCUGGCCCUCCUUCUGCUUCAGACUGCAUGCUGUGGCGUAACCAAUGCAGACACUGUGGUGAAUAUGCGGAAAGUGACCCAUCAGACCAUAAGUGAGGAGCUGUCCAAAACCGUUCUUCUCCCCUGCCUUUUCACCCUCCGCCCCAGUGCCAGUUCAUCCCAUGAGCCCCCGAGGAUUAAGUGGACCAAGGUCUGGGGCCAAAGAGGCUCAGAUGGCCUGCAGAAGGAACAGUCGGUUCUGGUGGCCAAAGACAAUGUGGUCAAGGUGAAGAAGGCCUUCCAGGGUCGCGUAACGCUGCCUGGCUACAACAUCAACCGCUACAAUGCCAGUCUUGCGCUGACCGGGCUUCGUUCCAGUGACUCUGGUCUGUACCGCUGUGAGGUUGUGGUGGGCAUCAAUGACGAGCAGGACACAGUUCCCCUGGAGGUCACAGGUGUGGUAUUUCACUACCGGGCCCCUCAUGACCGCUACGCCCUGUCCUUUGCUGACGCCAAGAGGGUGUGUGUGGAGAAUUCAGCAGUCAUCGCAACGCCAGGCCAGCUGCAGGCUACCUUCGCUGAUGGCUAUGACAACUGUGAUGCUGGCUGGCUGUCCGACCAGACUGUCCGGUAUCCCAUUCAGUCGCCUCGGCCUGGUUGCUAUGGAGAUCGCGAGGAGUCACCUGGAGUCCGUAACUACGGCAAUAGGUCCCCUGAUGAGCUGUUUGAUGUUUACUGUUUUACCAAGCAGCUUCAAGGCGAGGUCUUCCACUCCGCAGUCCCGGAGAAGCUAAGUCUGGCCACAGCCUCCACCCACUGCCACUCCCUUGGAGCCCAGCUGGUUACGGUCGGGCAGCUCUACCUCGCCUGGCAGGCCGGCCUUGACCAGUGUGAUCCAGGCUGGCUGGCGGACGGCAGCGUCCGCUACCCCAUCAACGUCCCGCGGAAGAACUGUGGCGGAGACGAGCCCGGAGUGCGCACAGUCUACAACAACCCCAACCGCACGGGCUUCCCUGACACCACAGCCCUGUUCGAUGCCUACUGCUACCGAGCCCACCACCCAGCAGAGGUCCAGGCUGCAGAGGCCCAGGCUUUACACCAGACCAACAUCAACCCCGCAGCACAGGCCACCUCCUCAGUCACUGAAACCCAGCAGAGUGCUGUUUUUCCUCAGACCUCCACCUGGACUGGCCUGGUCGACUUGGACAAAGCCGGAGUGCACUCAAUUGCUGCAAUCAGCAACUCCUCUGAGAUAUCUGAGGAGCACAUAGUCAUCCACUUAAAGCCUGAGGAAGGUUGGAAAGAAGGGCAGGAUGGCCCUACAACCAGCCAACCCAGCCAGGAGGAGAAUGAUGGCCCUAAGAGCGGCAACACUUUGGGCCUUUUUGAUCUUGAGAGCCUGGAAAGUCAUGGAGGUUCUGCCCAUGAGGAAGAAGAUGGCAGCUAUUAUGGAUCUGAUUCCCCAACAUUAUCAUCCAUAGCUUCUUCAACUCCCCAGCCGCAGACGGGUAACAGUGUCUUGGCUGAGUUUGUGAACACUCUUAUGAGACCCUUUAGAUACUGGGCUGGAGGUGAGGAAGGUGAAAAGGAACUUUCAGUGCCUGAGGAAAAAGCAGGAGAGAACCAGACACAGAGUGAAGCAUCCAGCAGAAACCUGAGUAUACCCAAAGCCAGCAGAAACAAGGGCAGCAUGGACAACGCCAUCAUGGAGCACAGGAGUGGUAGUUUUUCCUUCAGGGCUCCUACCAGUGGACUACAGAGUCCAGUGGAAGGUCUGUCUGAGCGGGAGAAAGAGGUGAUGCCAUUGAUUCGAUUAGUGCCUGCAGUCCAAAGCACAGGGAAAAUCGACACCAGCACCCAGCCAGCAGAACAAGCCUCCAGCACAUCUGCUGACAACCCUCUGUCCACUGUUAACGAAUUCACUGCAUCAAGUCCUGAUGAGAGAUCGUCUCCCAGUGACCAUGUCAACAUAUCUGGUCCUCAGGGUCCCAGAGGAGACCCAGCCUUUGCUCCUGCCCCCAGCAGCCAGUUUCGGUGGGCCAUCAAGUCCAUGCAUGGCGCUAAACUAGGCCCCCCUGGAAAUGUGGCCUAUGUGGGUAAACGUCCCACCUGGGAGCCCAUGGAAGCCAAAGCAGGGCCCCUUGAGGUGAUGACUCUGCCCACCUCCCUGCGACAGGACAACCCAGAAAAUUAUUCAGGCGAAGGAAAAGACCAGGACGGAGAAGACACUACCACAACUCCAUCAGCGACUACAACUACACCAGGGGAGGAGAAGGGGAUAGAGGGGAGUGGAGAGGGGAGCAACUUUCCUAGUGGGUUUGUGAAAGUCCAUAACUUGGACAGCAGUGGUGUCAAACCGAGUCCUCAAACAGAGUCUUCACUCAGCCGAAGUGAGCUUGUGACUGCGACUGAGCAGACUACUCUGUCCCAGUGGCAGCUAGUGGAACAGCCCACCACCCCACCUCAGGACCCCCAGGAGCCUGACACAGCAGAAGAGGCCAAGGGAGAGAUCCUCUACGUCCGCCGGCCUACUGAUAACCUCUCCUCUGUCUCCUCACGCAGGGGAGAGGGUAGCUCAAAUUCAGGAUUUACUCCUGUUUAUCGGAAACACAGCAAAGGAACAAGCAGAGAGGAAAUGGUGACUUCCACACCCGAAGCCUUGAUGGAGGUUCUGACGACCUCUGAGGUGACCACACCAGAGCCUCUGACGACCAGAGACACACAGAGGACAGAUCCUACCACCACAGCAACCAGCGCAGAAAAUCCCUCCACAGAGGAGCCAUCUAUUUCCAUUUCAUGGGUUCAGGAGGAAAAAGAAAGUGCACCCAACCGGCAGGAGGAUCAAACUACUCCAGCACCCAGUGCGGGAUCUCAAACGAUUGCAGGGGUCAUUCAGUUGACCACCCUUGCGUCUGACUCCAUAGUUGGCGCCACAGAAAUGGAAUCCAGGUCUGCAGUGUCCGAAUCCUUCGUGGUGGGAAGUCGGUGGACACCUUCCAAAGGUGUGAGCCAAAAACCAGAGGAACACAAAGCCGGGGAGACGACAGACAACAAAGACACAAACAACCCUUUUGGCAUUCUCGUACCCAACUGGGCCUUUGGUCUCAUCCCAUCAGUGGAGAAUAACCCUUGCCAGACCAACCCCUGUCUCCACGGAGGGAGCUGCCUGCAGGAAGGUGACGGCUAUAGCUGCUACUGUCCUCAGGGCUUCUCCGGGGAGAGCUGCGAGAUCGACAUUGAUGACUGCCAGUCUAAUCCAUGCCAGAAUGGAGGAACCUGCAUCGAUGAGAUCAACUCCUUUGUGUGUCUUUGUCUGCCCAGCUACGGAGGAGCUACUUGCGAGAAAGACACCGAGGGCUGCGAGCACACGUGGAGGAAGUUCCACGGCCACUGCUACAGGUACUUCAGCCGCAGACACACCUGGGAGGACGCCGAGAAGGACUGCAGAGAGCACAGCGGCCACCUGGCCAGUAUCCACAGCUCGGCUGAGCAGAACUUCAUCAGAGGUCUGAGCCAUGACAACACCUGGAUCGGAUUAAACGAUCGUACAGUGGAGGACGACUUUCAGUGGACCGACAAGAUGGACCUGCAAUACGAGAACUGGCGUGAAAACCAACCAGACAACUUCUUCGCAGGAGGAGAGGACUGCGUGGUUAUGAUUUCUCAUGAGAAUGGCAAAUGGAACGAUGUUCCCUGCAACUACAAUCUGCCCUACGUCUGCAAGAAGGGAACAGUGCUUUGCGGAGCCCCUCCCUCUGUGGAUAAUGCCUUCCUGAUUGGUCGCAAGCGUUCCCACUAUGACAUCCAUUCUGUAGUGCGCUACCAGUGUGUCGAUGGCUUCCUGCAACGCCACGUGCCCACUGCUAAGUGUCGUGCCAACGGCAAGUGGGAUCGACCUAAAAUCAUCUGCAUAAAAUCCCGGCGAGCCCACCGUUACCGGCGCCACCACCAUAAGGGCAGGAGGGAGCGCAGGAAGCACAAGAGGCACGGCCACAGAGAGGGAGGCCACCACGGAGGAGAGCCGGGUCAGGGCCACAACCACGGCCACUUCUGAACCAAAACAAAAAAACAUCCCCUUUCCUUUUCUCCUCUGCUGCUAACUGCAGUUUGCCUGUCUCCCUGUCAUCCACAUUUCCCCAAACACUACUUCACAACCUUACAGCCCAAAACUCUCUGCCCAAAACCCUGCCCUCCCCCCUCCCCCCCUGCACUGCCCUGCCCUGCGUUGCCCUUCACUCUCCACCCCUGGCUCUCCGAGUCAGCCUGCAUAAUAGUCAAUUCUGAGGCCUGCCAAAGUGCUGCCAGGCGUCACUGGGACAAUGACAAAUCCCUUUGUACUCUUUUUACUUUCCCUUCUCUGUUGUACUUUCUUGUCUUAACGUGUCUGUCUCUCACCCACCCUCCCAGGUGACCCAGUUACUCUCCCUUCGAGCUCAACAAUGACCUGAAACAUGGGGCUACGCUGACCUGUUUUUGAAAAAAAAAAAAAAAAAAAAACCUUUGAGAUCCACAGCGAACAUUCUUCAGAGAGAAGUGGUUUAGUACAAACUGUAAAUAGGGACAACAUCGCUGAAAAUGCCGUAUCAAAAUCAAACGAGUCAAGGAAGAUAUGUUGUUGACUUGAGCCUUUUGUCUGUGGAACACACAUUAUUUUUUACAAAUUGUGUUUAUUUCUUGACUCUGCUGCUUUUGGUUUGCUCUUUGUAAGACAUUGUACUUGACUUAAAGCGAUAUGGAGUUAUUCUGAAAUUGAUUUUCUUUGAAUCAGAGGCAGUUGUAAUUGAAUUAUUUGAUUGUUAGCGUUGUAUCUUCUUGUCAGUGUAAGACAGUUAUUUUAGAUCAGAUGCUAAACCCCCCCCCCCCCCCCCCCCCCCCCCAGAGGAAAAUGGAAAAACACAUUGCAUCUCAGUUCAGUUCCAUCACGUCUCAUCACACAUCACAGUUUUCAGAAAUGUCGAACAAUCUCAAACUGCUCUUGCUGUGUCGGCCAUCCACACCUGUUGUUAUCAAGGGUUAAUCUGAACGUUUGAUGUCAGCGCGUCUCAGCUCAGCACAGUAUUCCCACAUUUGCUUUGCUCUCGUCAUUUUUUCUGCUGUGGGAAUGUGUGCUGUGAAUUAAUCAUGGGGAUGUAGCAGGGUGAAGUUCUGUUUCUCCUUCAUGUUGGAGUUUUACUUCUUUGGUCUGACGAGAAGAAAUUAUCCCAUCCGCCAGACACGAGAGAUACAGAGAGAGGUGGAGCAGGUUAUCUAUCAAGACUAGAGCCUCCUCAUAUGUCACGGCAUAGCACAAGAUAAGACAAGUCCAUGCACAGAGUCAGGGUACACUGCAAAAAAAAAAAAAAAAAGUCAUAGAAAAUCUCAAAAUGUUAUGUUCAGCCUUCUAAAACCAAUAAAAUAGAUUCUGCAGUCAGGGUGAAAAAAAUCUUGCCUUUUCAAGUGUUUCGCAUUGUGUCAUUUAGUUUAGAUUUUUUCACAAAAAGGAGUCGUCAUAUUGAAACAGGACAGAAUAAGGCAGACACUUCAUUAGUUUCCACAGUCCAGGUAUUAUUCUUGAAGAGACUGUCCUCGCCAGAGAAACACCUACUUUGGUCUUUUGUUCAUUCACUGAAAAUGACCAUUUUUAUGUGACUUCUUGCAGUUGUGCUAAUAAUGACAUACUUGUCUUAAUCGAGUAGUUUUAUUUGCUUAAAUCUAACCAGACCUUAACCAUAAUGUAUUUUCCAUGGCCACAGUCUUUCCCUGCCUUCAUCGUACUGAUUGGGACAUCGGCUCAGCAAAAUAUCUACAAUGGUCGUUCUGGAUUACAAUGGAUUGCAGAUUUGUUGUUCAUGUAUGAGGACAUAUUGUUCUUAAAACACGCUUAAAACCUAAUCUCACACUAAUGGUAGGUUACAGUGUUUUUCGCUUGUUAAAGAGAGUAAGAAUUUAAAAUUUAAACCUACAUAAACUUUUUUUUUUGGGGGGGGGGGCUCCCAUAACAUUCACAUAUUACUACUUUAUAAAGUUGUUAUUGUUAACAUGUUAAUGCCAACUAUUGACUUUGAUGACCAACAUUGUCUCUUCUUUUUAGCUCAGUUUUGGUCUCCACCAACCCAAGUUAAAUGUCUGGAUCAUUAGCAGCUAUAUAAUCCACUGUGUUUCCCAGGUAGUUACUAACUUGCCUUUUAGCUGAAAACAGCUGUUUGCGACAGCUGCAGCACUGAUGAGAGUAGUGAAACUGAAUCAAAACAGUAACGUUGCCCUAAAACCAAAACAAUAAGAUAAAACGUUUCAUCGAGUUGGGGGGAAACUGCAGAGAUGGGUGAUGAGUUUUAUGGGGUUUGUUACUACAAGCAUUUCCUUUUCCAUUGUGAACAUAACAUCGAUUGCAGCAGCUUUAAAUACUCGAUUAAAAGAUGUUGAUUUUUUUGCAGUGUACAGUGCUUUGCUGCUAUAACCGUCCUCUAAACCAGGAUGGGUUGGACUUGUGAUGGAGAACAGACAUGAUAGCUAGCAGCAGCUAAUGCUGAUGAGAGCUGGAUCAUGAAUCAAAGGUGUGCACAGGGUAUGAGGAUGAAUAUGAGUCAGAGGAGACGGAGAUGUUGAGCUCUUUCUCAUCUCAGUGUGUGUUUCUGUGAGCUGUGCGUGUGUGUGUGUGUGUGCGUGUGUGUGUGCGUGUGUGCGUGUGUGUGUGUGUGCGUGUGUGCGUGUGUGUGUGUGUGUGUGUGUGCGUGCGUGUGUGUGUGUAUGAUUGAGGAUGUUGACAGUGGCUGAGGUCCCAGAGGAUGAUGAUAGAGAGGGUCAGCGGAGAUUAAGGCUUCCCCAUUUCUGGGGCAGACAGAGUCUCACAGAGCUCACAGCUGUUCACACCUGUGCUCGCUCCUGCCGUGUGUCCUGCUUUAAGAGGGGAUUGAGAUGGAUAGAACAAGCGCUUUGCUCUCUUUUCUCUCCACUUUACUGCCAGGUUAAAUUGCUGUUUUUUAAAGCUAGCACUUGAGGUUGGAGCUUCUGGGAUUAUGUCCCAAAUACUGACUCUGGCACUUUUAUCCUUGAUGCUCUCCGUCAUGUUCUGCUUUUUCCUUCACUGCCUCUUUUAGCACUUUUCAUUUAUCUUCCUCCUCACUUGAUUUUCUUUUUACUGUCACUGUCUUUUUUACAAAAGAAAAAUAGUGGAGGAUAAGCACACCUAAAUUUAGUUUAACGGGUUCUUUAUUGGUGAAAGAAUACACACAGUCUUUUCAGCAGCCUUUCAAACACCUUAUAAAAAGAACACUAAAGCAGGAUUGGGUUAUAUAAAGCCACACGAGGUAAAAAAACAAAAAAAAACAAAAUCAAUUCUGUGCACAUUAAUUCUCUGCCUUUGUCUCUUCUCACCUUGGCAAUGACAACACUCCUCUGCACUAAGAAGAAUAGUGAACCUACACCUCUGUAUCAGUUUAAUUAAUCUACUGCAUGCCUAAUUAACAAGUUGCAUUAUCUUCAGAACCACAGAGCUGCCAUGACAAGGGAAGGGUAAGGUUGACGGACAGCCAGUGGAAGGUUUAGGGUGACGGACAGGAGACUCAGAAGUGUCACAGCCGUCAAACCCCUGCCGUUUCAUAGAUGUCAGUCUGCCAUGGGCCUUUUUUCUUUUUUUUUUUCUUUUCGGGAAAAUGGAUGACCACGGGAGGAUGAAUGAAAGGGCAGACAGAAGCCCCUUUCACAGUAAUUCAAAUCUGAGUUGAUGCCCAGAGACAGUGUAAUUAUGGUUGUGUAAAAGUUCAGCUGUGUCAGAGGAGAUGAAAACUUUAUAAAAAAUGAUGAAGUGAUAAGGAACUAAAUUCAGACCAGAAAAUGUGGACAAAAUUAAAUGAAUUAAGACUACUUGUUGAACUGACAUUUAAUCUACUCUUCUGUCUUGUGUUGAUACUUUUUCUCGCCUCUGCAGAGAUUAUUAGCUCUACCACAACAACACCACGCAUUUAUGUAAACCAUCCAUCCUUAAUAAGUUGGUUUCAACUGAUAAUGUCCUGUUUUUGUGAAGUUUUAAAAGUUUAAUAAAAAAGAUCUGUUUGGUUUGUGAUGGUGAUAUUCCCGCCUGGGCUGUGUGUGUUUGUGUGGUGUCUUGUCUCGGUAUAGGGAACAGCUUGCUUCUGGCACAUCCUCUGGAACUGGUCACUUUUUGCUAUGUGCUUUUUGAAGGUGUUGGGCUCUCUCACAGCAUCUGUCUCACAGUAACACCUUUAAGUAUUGACUGCAUAAAUAAACAAACAUUCUCUCGCACAUUUUUCCCUUUUCACAUUUCAAACACAUUGACCCUGACUCUUAAAAGUGUCUGUCUCUCUUUGCUGUUUCCUCCCACCUUUUCAUCUCCUCCUCUCACACACCGUCUCCCUUCCCCCUCGUUGGUCUUUGUAGUCGACGCCCUGAAGGCAGGCAGGCAGACAGUGUUGAAGCCUUAUAAUUGUGAGUCUUAAUUUCUCUUAGUUAUCUGAGCCGUCUCUUGGCUCAGCAGCGAGUAUUACACUUGAGGCGAGAGCAGCGGGCGAAGCGUUGAACGUCUUGACAGCCAGCAGGCUUCUUCUCAGGCUGAGGCCACCUAUCCUAAUUGUGGCCCAGUCAUCCCACUCGCUCACAGCUCAAGACUUUUGAGUUCAGCCGAGAUGAGAUAAGUGCGGGGAUCGAAAGGGAGUGUGACCGCAUCUCUGUGUGUUCGUAGCUGUUACUGUUUGAUUGCACUCUGUCUAAACAGCACCGGCGGGAGCUCAGCUUGCUUAAAUUUGUUUUAUAUGUUGUGAGGAAGUGUGAGUGUGGUUGAAUCAGCGUGACAGAAAGGAUGUGAACAAGUCAGAGGAAAUCGACUUUGGGUGUGCUUGUGUCUCAGCGGGUGGGUGCAAGAGCAUUCAUAAAUACUAAUACAUUUUUUAAACACAAAAAAACAUAACACAACCAGGAACAACUAAAAAAUAUGAGAGGUAAGAGGGAGAAAGAUGAAAUUGGACUGUAGAACUCUCAUCUAAAAUCCAAGCAUGAAGUUAUAUAUAAUAGAACAAAAAAAAUAAAAAAAAAUUAGACCUCCGCAGAGUUGAAAACAAGUACCUGCGAGGCAUAGAAAUGAAUCCAGGUAUCACAAGUUCACUAAGCACUGCCCCCUCACUUAUUGUUGCUGUCGGAGUUUGGAAGCAGAGCCCUGUAAAGACAUGACAUCAUGAUAAAAGACUGAGGGGAAAGCUACAAAACCUGAGCACAAAAGCUGCAUUCUCACCAGCUGAUGAAUGUGCAAAGAAAGAAACAGUAUUGUUGUUGUACUGCAGAGCUGAGCCAGUUGAACAUGUUAAUAAUUGCAGCUAGAAUUUGAGCCGAUAAACACACUAUUCAAUCCAUUCUAUACAUGUAAGCGUAUGUGUUUUCGAUUAUGGGAAGGCUAAGAGGAAAAACAGAACUCUCCAAACCCUUUAAAUGCAGAGUAUCGCUCUCGUUAUAUCGCUGUGUACACCACUGUCAUGUUGAGAAAUCCAAAGCUUAACAUGCCUGCCGUGCCUAUAGUUAAUGCUUGUUAAGAUAUAAUUAGCCAGGGGACAAUUAUGGAUCGAUCAAUUAAUAAUAUAUAUCUACAAGAUGAGUGGGUUUUUAAGAGCUCUCCCUGCCCUGUUCAUUUAUUGUCAAGGGCAAUAAGUGACGGGUGACUGUGUGUACAACGUGUGUGAGAGAACAUGUCUCCCUGUGUGUGAGUCCAUCUGCAAACACUGUGACAGAAAGCUGAGGAUCUCCGUUUCCUACAUGUACUGUAACAGCUGGGCCCACGACUGAACACCUGAGGCGCGUAAACGCAGCUCUCAUCAGCAAUGACAAACCUGAUGAAAGUGGUAGAGGCCGUUGUCCUCAGUCGCACACAGACAGACUAUUGAUUUCACGAUUAGGCUGUCUGUCUUGGGUUCCUAUUAAGUCUGUCGAUGGCAUUGACGGCACAAUAAUGUCGACUGACCGCUGGAUGUUUUUUCUAAAUGGAAAACAGACUAGCAUUGUUCACUGCACUCCUCUGUGUCCCUGAGAACUAGCAAGUUGUGUUCUCGUGUAGCUCACAUAUUGUCUCUGCAUCAUGUGCAUCCUUGUCUUGUUUUUGUACUCUUACCUUCAUCUCUUCGAAACUUUGAAAACUUUUCCUCCUGCAGGCUGCUGCAUUGCUUCUUAACUGUUCAGUAUCUAAUGCAUAGGUACACCCCUAGUGGUAUUUGUAUAACAUUACGUCUCUGUCUGAUAUUUAGUUGAGACAAUUUGUCAUCGUCAAGAGAAUGGCUGUAUUCUGUUGGGAUGGAUGGAUGGAUGGAUGGAUGAAUGGAGACAUGUUACAGUGAGAGAGUGAGUAAUGAAUGACAAUGCGGAGCAGAAACCAAUGACAAACACUCCUUUUCUCCUCUGUGAUGUAAAUACUUUUCUUUUUUUUUCUAAAUCCAUUAAACUCUGGGUGUGUUUGUUGCUUAGCCUAUCUGGACCAUAUUCAUACAGCAAAACCCAUCUCCCUCUUUCUGUUCCUCCCUCCUGCUCACACACACAAACACACACACACACACACACACACACACACACAGAGACUGCUGUUUUAAACUGCUGCAUCAGAGAAACACAGGCACUCUAGUCAACACACACUCUGCAGGAGAGCUGGAAAGCGAGGUGAUAGUUAACCAUACAGACAAACAUCACUUCUUUGGCUCUGUCCCCUGCGCAACACUCCAGUUUGUGGCAAGCUGUGUGUUCACAUCGACUGUGAGCACAGACACAAUGUAACUGCAACUGAGCCGAUCUACAGCCGUGUGAAUGUGGUCCACGACUAUUUAUCCAUAUUUAUUGAUGUAUGUUCUUAUUAAUUCCAGUCCUGUCAUUGUAUUAUAUUCUUUACAAGACAAAUGAUCAUUAAAGAAAACCCUUGUUUAGAUCCGUUA